AUUGUGCUGUCACCAUCAUCAGAAUUUAUGCGGUCAGCUCAAAACAGUCGAAAAGGCGCUGGAAUUUUCUAGUGUUUGCAAAAUUAGAAAGCCGGUAGCAGCAAGUAAACAUAUACGCAGCAAGGUGUUUCAGCAUAAUUCAGCUCAUAAAAAAAUUAUUUAUAUUCGGCAUUUCAAUUUAUGUUCGUUAACCUAAUACGGGUUUAUUAUGAGUAUUCUACGAAAUGUUUCAUUUUUGCAAUCGCCAGCAAAAUCUUGUUCGCAACCAUUAUGCUUCGCGGUCCGCGGAAUAGUUAACAGUCCAGCCAGAAAUGAUAAUAAGUUUCCCAAAAAUGUGAUUGAACAUCUCAACACAGCACACGAACAACAAACAAAUGGGAUUGUAUACGAUAAGAAACCGUUUCGGAUGGAACUUCAAGAAGGCAAGCGUUACUCGUGGUGUCUUUGUGGCCGCUCGAAAGGGCAACCGCUGUGCGACGGCACGCAUAAGCUAGUGCAAUACAAAAUCACUCAUCGCCCGAUACGGUUUCAGGUGGAGAAAAGCGGUACCUACUGGCUGUGCAAUUGUAAGCAAACGAAGCACCGACCUUUCUGCGAUGGAAUGCAUAAGUGUGAAGUGGUACAGAAAACAUCUGGAAAAUAGUUGAACACUUCAAGCAGGCAGAGAAAGGAGAUCAAAUAACGACAGUGUAAUAAAUAAAGUAGGAUGUUAGAUAACCUGGUAUGUCCAUUUAUUCGCUAAUAUUUUAUUUGUGGUUCAAGCCGAGUUACAAUCACAGGAUGCAUGAACAUAAGAACAACUUUCUGCUAUUCUAUUUAAUUCGUACUAUAUAAUCGGAGCAAAAUGUAUACAAAUAAUUGGCUAUGAAAUAAGAAGCCAAGACUCACUUUCUUAUAUUUUGUCAAUAGAAUGAUGAAACAAUGCGAUAGAAAAAAUACUAUAUAUAAAUGUGUUUAGUAAUAUUUUAUGACCCUUUCAUGAUCGCAGUUUCGGGAAACCCCCUUAUGUGAUUUUUUUUACCGAAACGUUGCGAGAGGCAUUUUAUAUGUAGAAAUGUGUACAAUGUUUGAAAUGAAUCGUUCAAGUAGACGGGAUUCCUAACCCCUCGGGCGGAUGUUGAAUACGGCUAAGCUUUGAGGGGUCGCUGGACCCCGAGGAGGGGUCGGAGGACCCCGGUCCUCCAAGAAUCCUAAAAUGAGUAAGGACCCAAAAUAUAGCCCUCUGGCGUAAUAAGGGUUUGGAGCAAGGCCAGCGGGGCUUUCCAGCAAAAAUUAAAUAAGAAAGCUAUAGACCCCAAGGAGAAUUACGACCACCGGACUGACGAUGACCGACCCAAGCUAAACUGUGCUCCAGGCGGACUCGAAAAUAAUAAGACGUUUACACGUCACAGAGACGAAUUAAGCCCUCCGCUCACAGUCUCUAUAAAAAUACAACAGCAGCCGUUUACACU